AAAGGAAAAGAAAUUGGCAAGUCUUCAUGGAGAGGAGGGAGAAAAAAAGGGAAGGAAAGAAGAGAGAUAAAAACACAACCAAAAAAAAAAAUAGAGAAGAAAAACAAACAUUAUUCUUGUAAUUAGUUUGAGAAUAAUAGUAUUUGGGAUUUAGUGAGAAACUUUAUAAGGAGAGGUUGAGAGGUGGUUUUUCAUUUGGAGAGGAGAGGUAAAGAUGGGAGAGGUGGUGAGUAACAGGCAGGUGGUUUUAAAGAAUUCGGUCACCGGAUUUCCGAAGGAAUCGGAUUUUGAAGUAACCACUUCCACCAUUUGCUUGAAGCUUCCAGAAGGUUCCAAGAAGGGAGUUUUAGUGAAGAAUCUCUAUUUAUCCUGUGAUCCCUACAUGCGUGUUCUUAUGACAAAUGCCCAUCUUUACUUUCCCAUUGAUUUUUACACUCCACCCCAGGUGUUAUAUGGGUAUGGAGUGGGAAGGGUACUGGAAUCAGGAGAUCCAAAAUUGAAAGAAGGAGAUUUUGUAUGGGGAAUAACUGGUUGGGAAGAAUACAGUGUGAUUGAAGACCCACAAAAGCUCUUCAAAAUCAACCAUCGUCACGAUGUCCCACUUUCUUAUUACACUGGAAUCCUUGGAAUGACAGGUGUGACAGCAUACUUUGGAUUCUAUGAAGUGUGUUGUCCAAAAGAAGGUGAAUAUGUAUUUGUUUCAGCUGCUUCCGGUGCUGUUGGUCAGCUUGUUGGCCAAUUUGCUAAAUCUCUCGGUUGCUAUGUUGUUGGCACUGCUGGUACUCAACAAAAGAUUGAUCUCCUAAAAAACAAGCUUGGAUUUGAUGAUGCUUUCAACUACAAAGAAGAAUCCGACUUGAAUUCAGCACUGAAAAGAUACUUCCCAAAAGGCAUUGAUAUAUACUUUGAAAAUGUUGGAGGGAAAAUGCUUGAUGCAGUUCUAGUGAACAUGAGAGAACAUGGAAGAAUUGCAGUUUGUGGAAUGAUAUCACAAUACAAUCUUGAGAAGCCAGAAGGAGUACACAACUUAUUAAACAUUGUUUUGCAACGAAUUCGUGUCCAAGGCUUUGAGGUUUUUGAUUACUACCAUCGCUAUUCUGAGUUUUUGGAUGCUGUUUUGCCUCUCAUUCAAGCCCGAAAGCUUGCUUACGUCGAGGACAUGGCUGAAGGCCUCGAUGCCGGUCCUGCCGCUCUCAUUGGUCUCUUUUCUGGACACAAUGUUGGGAAGCAAGUUGUUGCUGUGGCGCCUCAAUCAUCAGCUGUGUAAUAAUUUGUAUUCACUGAUCAUUGCAAAACUUGGUUUUUCAUGUUUGAUGUCUACUGUCAUUUUCGUGAGCUUUAUUUUGUUGAAGAAGGUUGUUUUCCAUAUCCAUCUCAACCUCAUUAGAGGAGCUAAAA